UACUUACUCUCCCUCUCUCUCUUUCUCACUUUAGUCUCUCCCCAUCAUCUUCAUCAUUAUCUUAAGCUUCUUAAGAAAUGAUUUCAUGAUUUGUUUUAGAAAAAAAUUCGAAAAUUAAAAAAAUUUCUCUUCACCAAGAUAACUGUACUUUUUUUAAUCAUUGUAGUUGUUUAUCAUCAUCAUAACCCUUAUCAUCAUCACUAAUAUCAUCUUAUCAUCCUCAUCACUUCAUCUUUUCCGUUUUUUCACCUUUGCCUGAAAAAAUUUUGUGUCUUCGGAUUUUUGUGUUUCCUUUUGUUUCUAGUUUGUGGUUUUAAUUUGUUUCCUUUCAUCAAUCAACUAAUUGUGUGCCAAUGUGGAUUAAAUUAAAUUAUGGUCUCUUUAUUUACCUAAUUGCUAUUUUAAUCAACUACUGUUGGACAUUUAAUAUUGAUACAAGAACUGCUGUUGUCCACCGAGGGACACCCGAUACUUACUAUGGGUUUUCAGUUGCUCAACACAAAGACGGAGACAAUUAUUGGCUUCUUGUAGGAGCACCAUUAGCACCAGGAUCUCAGGAGGGUAUUACUCGUGGUGGUGCAGUCUUCAAAUGUAUACCACAAUCAUCGGGAUUAUGUCAAGUGAUACCUUUUGACACAACAGGUAAUCGAAAUGUAACAGCGAAAAAUGGCCUCCGUGUUCAGACUGAAGAAAAGGAAGGUCAAUGGUUCGGAGCAACAGUCCAAAGUUCUGGUAAAACAGGAGUAAUUGUGGCUUGUGCUCCUCGUUAUGUUUUCUUUUCCUACAAUAAUAAACGUCGAGAUCCUGUUGGUUUCUGUUAUGUUUCCACCGGUGGUUUUUCAGGAAUAACACCAUUGGCACCAUGUAGAGUUGCUGAGAAAUGGGGUUACCAUAGAUUGGGCUCUUGCCAAGCUGGUUUCUCCGCCUCCGUUGAACCAGAAGGUCGUCAGGUAUUUCUCGGUGCUGUUGGAUCUUAUUAUUGGCAAGGAAAAGUUUUCUCCUAUGAUCUUCAUCAAUUGACUCAAUCGCCAUACGAAACAAAGGAGGGAACAGCUUCAAACGAUGACACUUAUCUUGGAUAUUCAUUGGUUUGGGGUAAAUUUGGUUCUAAUGAUAAAUCAAACGAUAUUGCAGUUGGUCAACCUCGAGGUGCAAAUCUAACUGGUCAGGUUUGCAUUUUCACCAAAGAGAUGAAAAAUAUUGUCAACAUAACCGGUGACACUAUGGGUGCUUAUUUUGGGUACUCAUUGGCAUCAGCUGAUCUAAACAAGGAUGGACUGGAUGAUUUAAUUAUCGGAGCUCCAUUUUAUACUAAACCCGAUUCAAAGGAUAAAUCAUAUGAACAUGGAAGAGUCUACAUUGCAUAUCAACGUAAAUCGGGCUAUUUUGAAAUCGGUGAUAAAAUUGAUGGACCCAAUCACAGAGGACGAUUCGGUAAUGCUGUCACCUCACUGGGAGAUGUUAACAUGGACGGUUAUCCAGAUAUUGCUAUUGGAGCUCCAUAUGGAGGUGAAGGUGAACGAGGAGCAGUUUACAUUUACAAUGGAAAUAAACAUGGAAUCAACAAGAACUAUUCUCAGGUAAUCAAUGGAUUAGAUCUGAAUGAUCCUGGUAUUAAAACUUUUGGCUUUUCACUAUCUGGAGGUAUGGAUAUGGAUGAAAAUGCUUAUCCAGAUCUAUUGGUAGGAGCUUAUGCUUCAGAUCGUGUUGUCCAUUUAAGGUCAAGACCAGUGGUCAAUAUUAACACCACGAUGAAGAUUAAUCCACCCAAGAUUAGUCUAAAGGAUCGUUCUUGUUUACUCAAUGAUGGAUCUAAAGUAACAUGUAUGGACAUUGAAUUUUGUUUGAGUUAUGAUGGAAUCAAGUUACCAGAGGUUAUGGAUUUAACCACCUUCAUAAGACUUGAUUAUCAAGCUAAUCGUCCAUCAAGAGCGUUUUUCCUCAACAAUCCCACUGAAAGUGAACAAGAAAUCAGUCAAAGUUAUCAAAGAAAACGAGAAAGAUGCAAUAAGCUCAAAAUUUAUAUCGCUAAUAAUAUUCGUGACAAAUUGACUCCAAUCAAGAUCGAAGCUGAACACAAUUUACCUAAUCAUCCAUCUCCUCCAAGCCAAUCUACUAAAGGAUCGCCAAGGCCAAUUUUAAGUUACGUUUCGAGUAAUAAACUAACUCGAGAUAUAACAAUUCUCAAGAACUGUAGUGUCGAUGAAAUUUGUAUACCCGAUCUUAAGAUAACUGCUGAACCUAACAUUGAUCCAUAUUUGAUUGGAACUGGCAAAGAGAUUGAAUUAAAUGUAACCAUUGUGAAUAAACGUGAAGAUGCUUUCGAAUCAACAUUUGAACUUGAAAUUCCCAUUGAUGUUGAAUAUUCACACACUGAAGGGAUUAAGGGAUGCUUCCCACCCAAGCCUAAGUUGACAGGUAAAAACGUUUUGAAAUGUGACAUUGGUAAUCCACUUUUAGCCAGAGACAAGCUUAACUUUGUCGUCCAUCUUAAACCGAAGCUCUUUGUAACCGCAUCACCAACCUUCCUGUUCCUCAUGAGUGUUAACAGCACUAAUCCAGAACUGAAUUCAACUCUUGGCGAUAAUCAUGUUCAAUUAUCAAUUCCUGUUCGUGUUGAAGUUGAUCUAACCAGCACUGGAGCUUCAAGUCCAGAACAAAUUAUUCACAAUGUUUCAGAGACAAUUGUUCAUGAUCAAACUACAGCGGAAGAUUUUGGUUACCUGGUUAAUCACAUUUAUACCUUUCAAAAUCACGGGCCAAGUUCCGUAAAAUUAGAACGUGUCACUAUCCUUUGGCCAACGAAAACACUGGACGGUAAACAUUUACUUUACCUGCUUUCUGACCCGGAAAUUGAUAUAACCAGAGGAACCGAUGUCCAACCAGUUACCGUUGAUUGUGGUAAACUUGGUCCAGAAAUAAUCGAUCCACUUAAAUUACCGAGACAACGUAACCCGGAGACUCGAAAAUAUUCAAACUAUCUCGCCGAUGACCCAAGAACGAUAACCCAUCUGACCCAUGAAAAUAACUCUCUCAUCAGAACCAAACGCUAUUCAACCUCAGAGGAUGUCGGUGAAACUUUUUUAACAUUAGCUGAAGCUCUGUCCUGUGGAGCUACACAAUGUACCAAAAUUGUUUGUAAUGUUCACAAUUUAGGUCGUCAAUCGAUAACCUUUACCAUUCGAUCACGAUUAUCCAAGAAAACAAUCUCUGAAAUUGGUUUACCUGAAUUUCAAGUCUCAUCUAAAUUGGUCGCUGAAGUUGUUCAAUUACCUUAUGGAAUUGAAAAUGAUUAUAUACCAGCGAAAGUGACUCGAGUUUCAACCGAUGUCCGAGUAAUUGGAUUGGAAAGAGGACUUCCAAUCCCUCUAUGGAUUAUCCUACUUGCCAUUCUAGUCGGAUUACUGCUUCUCUUCAUAUUGGCAUUAGCACUUUGGAAGCUUGGUUUCUUCAAACGUAAACGACCACCGACCCGAGAGGAAGAUUACGAACCACUGCAACCAAAUUCAAAUGGCUACAAAUUCAGAACGGGAGACACUUCGCUGUGAAAAUCAAUCGCAUAGGAAACAGAGAAACAAAAAUCUAAUCAUUGUACAUAAACUUUGCUAACUCUUAAUCCAUUUUAAAACCAAAUCUUUCAUCGUCA